GCGCGAAAUUUGAACGGAAGUUUUCAAUUUCAGCCACGGUGCUGAACCUGGGCUGUCUGGUUGCCAUGGUACAUUGGGACCCGACGAAGGAACACCGCUACUUCCUGUUGGGACUGCUUGGAGUCUGGGGGUUCGCAGACGGCGUGUGGCAGUCGCAGACCAACAGUCUGAUAUCCGCGGUUUUCGCUGACCGCUACGAGAGCGCGUUCGGCUGCUGCCGCGUCUGGCAGGGUAUUUCCGGUCUUAUCGUGUUCCUGCUCUCCAGCGUCCUCUGUAUGAUCCAUAAGGUCGCCUUCAUCGCCAGCGCCUGCUCCCUCACCAUCGCCUGUCUCAUCGUGCUCGAGAUCGUCGUGCGCAGGCGCAAAGCGCGAGCAUCCGCAGAGACGAACUCCGCUGUCGAGAUUCAAGUCAACGCUUAGGAACAUGGCUUUUUGUUAGUGCAAUCUGAGAGGAACAGAUGUUAUACAAAUUCCUAUCCACGGAAACUAUCAAAAGAAUGUUGGCAUAUUACGAAGCAUAUUCGUUUAUCAACACCAGUGACAAUAUGUUAGUCAACAGAUCUAUCUGUAUUUUUAUUGAUACAAAAAGGGUUUUGGCAUAUUUAUAAAACCAUAUUCAGUUUACAAUAUCACUCUGGGUAUGCAUGUUCUUUGAUAACAGAUGGCACUUCGAUACCAGAUAACAACAAAAGCCACGCAUGAGAGUUAAGUUCCUCAGGUUUUUUAAGUUAUAUCAUAAAUACUAGUUUUUUAGACAAGGCGCAUGGUCGAGUUUAUAAAUGGUGUAUCCUUUUUAUAUUGGAAAGAAAACAGCAUGAACUGGAUGAACAGUAAACAUUUCAACAUUAUAAAACUACUUAGAAAUAUUUCAAGAAAUUGUUUGAUAUUCCAGAAUGUUGGGUAAUCACUGCGCUUCAAAAACUGAAAUUUUGAUAGCAUUCAAUGAAAUAUAAACGAAGAUAGAGCAUGUUUUAAUAGGUGUUAUUCAUGAAGUUGCGGAUACUUUGAUUCCCGAUAAAAGGCACUUCGGAUAACAGAGACUUUCAACAAAUUGGACACUCUAAUAGCCGAGUUUUAUCUUCCACAUGACAUGCAUUUAUGUAUAUUAAGGCUAUUCUUACCAAACAUAUUGAAGUACGAAUCAAUUUGAAUUGUCAAGCAACACAUUGGGAAUCUAUGCAUAGCGUAAUUACAUACACAUGUGAAAUAUAACCAAUGGCGUUGUCGUUUUCAAAAAUCUUAUUACUAUUCAUUUAUAUAAUUAAUAUUGUAAGUGCACAUUUUAAAUAAGAUUCAAAUGCUUAUUUCUGCUUAUAUAUUUAUGUCACGAAUAUCCAAGUUCGUAUGCAGAAUGUUUUGUGUUUAUAUUAAUAACAACGACGGGUUAUGCACAACUUUGACACCACCAUCGUGUGAUUAAAUCGACCGCCUGUACCAUAAUGGCUUUUUUUUUUAUUUCAUGGCAUUGAGCUAAAAGUAUAAUUUAAUUUCGAACUUGCAUCGCUGCUGAAAUUUAGCUCUUAGUAGUUUUAGCGAAGCGAUGUUUCAUAUACGCUAUCUAAUAUAUAAGUAAAUGGCCUUAGUACCUUCAUUAGGACAUUAUUAUACAUGCUUUAGAUCAGCCGUUUCGCUACAAAGAAUGUAAUUUAAAAUUACGUAGUACAUGAGGUUUAACAAUUUUUAAUUAACAUCUUCGAUAUGUCUGAUGAGUUACAUUUUAAAUGUAAUUUAAAAUUGUUUAAGCUUAUGUACUAUGCGAAGAUCCAGCUGUUGUGUGACUCGAAAACUGGAAAAUGUAUGGUCAUAAAGACUGUACUCAUUAGGCAUAUCGAAUUAGUUUCACGUAUGGCUAUCACAUUUAUACGAAAUCAUUAUCAUAUUCAAAAGGGAUAAGAACAUGUUUCGGUAAUUCGUUUUAAAUUUACGUCAGUACAUACAUUUUUAUUUAUUGCCUGCUUACUACAACAGUAUUCCACAGUGAAUUCUGCAUUGCUGAUUCACUAGAUAGAGUGUGUUUUAUCUGGUAAAAAGUGUCGAGUAAUCUGGAAUCGAAGUGCCAUUGUCUUUGAGAUGAUUGGUAAAACAAGUGUACAUGAAAAUCUGGCAUCCGACUCUUAAAACAUUUGAAUUUCCUCAAAUACGUUAGUUAACUAAAAUUUAAAAUGUUGUAACAUUAAUGGAAAUUGAUCUUUUAUUUCGAUUAGUUGGCACGUUCUUGCUUUAUUUCCAAGUUUCUUUAUUUUGUUGAAAUACGUACUGAUCAUCGAAUUCAUAAUGAUUAUCGAUGAAAUUUUAUCUUUUUUAUUAUAAUCCACUUUUUUCCUCGAUUUUUUUACUCCGCAAUACGAAGUACUAUACCAUCGAUCAAACCAUGUUACGUGUCUGAAAACCAAAUGAACAGAACAUAAAUGCAAAAAGCUGAAGAACUCACCUCUCGCGCGUACCUUUGUUGUUAUCUGGUAUCGAAGUGCCAUCUAUUAUCAAAGUAUCCGCAUACCCAGCGUGAAUAUUAACAGUUUUAAACUGUUGGUGCAUGUAAUGCAUAGUAUUUUUUAAUUUAAUUAUUCUUUUUGUUGAUUAUGGAUGCGAUAUUAAUAAGGUGUCGCAUUAAUGUUUGUGUAGAUCGUAAACGAUCACAUAACUACGACUCUACAGCAGUAAUAAAACAAUCAACUACAGUGCAAAUGUUAAUAUAUGAGUUUUAAUAAGGGACACUUUAGUGAACGAAAGAACUUGCCUUAUUGUCAACAUUUUAUAGGAUUCUGACCUGUUGUUAGCCUCCUUUGAAAAUUUACUUGGGAUAAUUCUACCUGCCCAUUAAUAUGUUUUUAUUGUUGUUGCGUAUUUUUUGUAUUUUAAAUCGUUUAAGAUUGUGCAUUUAAGGUUGUGUAUUAUUAUUAUUUGUAUUUUGUAUGUAUUUUAUCCUGCAAGUACUUAAGUUCAGUCAGUAUGAAGAUCUGCAUAACAAUGUUUAAAUUUUGUUUAACUGUUAUUGUUUAUAAUUUUGUAAAAACCAUGACAAAAUCCUGUGUUUUUGAAGCUAUGUGACUUUUGUUAUAAUCCACUUAUUAAUUUCUUCGGACUGUACUCGUAAGUGAUCGUAAGUGAUCGCACUUGUUGGUGAAACAGUCAGUUACAACUCGUGUUUUAAAUUGGAUUUCAAAUAAGACUUGCUCAGGGGCGAUUUUGUUUUCAAAUUAUACCAGUAUGUUGUAUUCUAUAUUGAAGAGCACUCUGGGGAAAAGGGCUUAAUGUAUCUGCUUUGCUAGUCGUCCAUGGUUAUCCUGUACAGCCCGCACAGGCUAAUCGGUGAUGACCAUUCUGCUUGUAUGGAAAUGUUCAUUCAGUCCUACAUAAACAAGUAACCGUCGGAGACGGGUGAUGCUCCCCAAAGUUUUUUUUGUCACAAUAUUGCACUAUAUAUUCAGAUAAAAGGAAACGUCUUGAGGGCACAGUAGUUGGAGGGACAAUAAUUUUUUAUAGAAAAUUGCAAAGGGCCAUAACUCUGUGAAAAAUCAUUCGACCAGAACCCGCUGAUAAUAUGCACAUCUCCUCUUGGUAGUGAAGCUUCCCAUAAAGUUUCAUUGAAUUCCGGUCAUUAGUUGCUGAGAAAUAGCCCGGACAAGAAUUGCACUAUAUCUACAGUUAAUGGAAAAUUUCAAAGGGCCAUAACUCUGAAAAAUCAUCCGACCACAACCCGCUGAAAAUAUGCACAUCUCUUGGUAGUAAAACUUCCCAUAAAGUUUCAUUGAAUUCCGGUCAUUAGUUGCUAAGAAAUAGCCCUCACAAAAAUUGUGCACAGACGGACGGACAGACGAAGCGGUGACUAUAUGCUCCCCCAAAAUAAAUUUUUGGGGAGCAUAACAAAAGUCCGGUCUAGGUGGAAAUUGUCGAUUCAGAUUAGACUUUGCAGAAUGUACAGGCUUUUUUGGGACGAAACUUUAUACACGGGUUUCACAGAGAACGGCUCUUAUUAUCAUCGUCACUAUGUCAUGCAUCAUGUUAACCAUUAACGCUAGUCAAUCAUUUGUAGCUUCUUUUGAGAUCUUCAUGUGAAUUUUUUAUCAAUUUUGUGCUAUGUACAUAAGAAUUGCAUAAAAAUCGCAGUUAUUUCCAUAAUUGCGCAAACUACAUUUUUGGUCAUCAAUUGAUGUUUUAACGGCACUGAAUGUGUAUUGUUUCUUACAAAACUGUUUGUCAUGUAGUACCCAUAUUAUUUGUAGCAUGGGUUAUGUUAUGCACUGUAUUGCGUGGAAAACAUCAUUUGUAUGCAAAAUGAAAUUAUCAAACAACUUAUAAUGUCUGCAAUCCUUUGGCAUAUUUAAGAUUCACAUCCAUUAUGUUCUUGUCUCAUAUUAAGGAUUUGCGGUAGCUGCCAUUAUUUUCAAUAUUAUAUAAAUGUUCCCAAGUGGCUGUAACACAGCUGUUAAGUGGGUUCAUACGGAAACACCGGGUAUUAAUAGUUAUGUCCUCGGAUCGGAUGAUCGGGGGUAUAUUGUUUUUGGCCUGUUUGUCUGUCUGUCGGUCUGUCAUUCUGUGUAAACUUUGCAAUAACUUUUGCCACGUUGGAGAUAGCAACAUGAUAUUUGGCAUGCAUGUGUACCUCAUGGAGCUGCACAUUUUGAGUGGUGGAAGUUCAAGGUCAUCAUUCAAAGUCAAAGGAAAAAUAUAUGGUUUCAAAUCGGUGCAGUAGGGGGCAUUGUUUCUGACAAACACAUCUCUUGUUUUAUUUUAUAUUUUGAAAAUGUCUUUGUAUACAGUAUUCGUUGUUCGUGCCUGUAUCUACUGAAUACAUGUACAUUUAUUUUCAUUUAAUGAAAAAUGCCGUAGCCCGUAGAUCUGCAUUUUAACUAUUUAAACAUUAAGCAUAAUAUAUUUAAAUGCUCAUAUUUUAAUUACCUGUAAUUUUCAAGGUACUGUAUUUUUCCAAAACUGUUUUGUUCUGACCUUGGUUUUGACCGUAUUCAAUUGACAAUGCAAUGUUGGAGAACUUUCCAGGAAUGAAUGCAUCCUAAUAUUGUAAUCGGCUCAUUUGAGAGAAAUCCCACAAAACAUCGGCUACAUCUCUGCAUCAUUUUCUAAAUGAAUGAGUAUAGCAUAUACACUGUUCAUUGGUGUGAAACCCAUCCAUUAUGUGCAAAUAUUCAAAUUUGGCCUAGUUGAGUAUUGGACUAAACGUGUCCGCAUCGGCAUUAUGCGAAGAAUAAAAUAAGAAGAAUAACGUUACUUAUAUGAUUGUUGUUCUAUGUUGCCCCAUUGUGAUAUUCAAAAAUAAAUUCUCUGUCUCAUAAUGCAUGUUUAGGUUAUGUUGAUGGUGCGAAAAUACGACAUAAACCUGUAGGUGUUCUAUGAUUUCUCUACAAAGAAUGAGUUGUUAAAGACUUUAACAAAAAAAAAACGAUAUAGUAUGUCAUGAAUUAAGACAAUGGUAUCGGCAUACAUACGUUCAUUAUUGCCUUAAGUGGCUUACAAUGGACGAGUCUCCAGACAGACAGACAGACAGACCGAAAAAGCGCUGAUCCUGCAAUGCUGCGACAUGGACAGUACUUGCAUAUCACAGAAUUGCACGUUAAUAAUCAUUGAUGAAUUCAUACUUUACAAUGUUUGAAUGUUUACAUAUUAUUUCUUGUUAUGCAUUGAACUUUGUUGUUAUACAUACACUGACCAUAGACACGUGAUUUAUUGUAUAUGCUAGACAUGUGUUAUUUUACAUGUUAAUGAGUAUUUUGUGCGUUUCACUUGCUAAUAAAUUGUCGCAUCUA